AUGGAUAAGAUGAUAGCCAACAGGAUGAAACCACUUAUGGGAGAUCUAAUCUCGGAGUCCCAAAGUGCUUUUAUUCUAGGCAGAUUGAUUACAGAUAAUAUUCUGGUAGCCUCGGAGGUUGGUCACUUUUUAAAUAGGAAGCAAUGCGGUAAAGUUGGGUGUGGAGCUUUGAAAUUGGAUAUGGCAAAGGCGUAUGACAGGAUGGAAUGGCCGUUCUUGAAAAGAAUGUUAGAAGUAAUGUGUUUUGAUAAGGGAUGGAUUGAUCUGAUUAUGGAGUCCAGUGUGAUUAAACAGUGUCUGAUGAGGUAUGAGAACUUGUCUGGUCAGAUGGUAAAUUAUCAUAAAUCUAAUAUUUGUUUCAGCAGGAAUACCACGUGGGAGGAUAGAGAUGUGGUGGCAAAUUGUUUAGGGGUGGACCAGGCACCAAAUUUUGGUAAAUACCUUGGUCUGCCAUCCUUCAUUGGGAGGAAUAAAAGGGCAGUUUUUUCCUAUGUAGAGGAUAAAAUUAGACAGAGAAUUGCGUCGUGGAACAAAAAACUGUUGUCUCAAGCUGGAAAGGAGAUUGAGAAAUUGUCCGAGUUACUGUUGGCGGAGUAUAAUGGCUGCACAUGGUAUGGUUUGCUCUGGGGUUCGGAGAAGAAUUGGAAAUGGGGAAACAACUUUGAUCUGGGGGCACCCCUGGUUACCUAA